ACAUUCCGAAAUCAACAUUAAAAUUGAAAGUCAAGGUUGAGUUUUCAAUGAGCUGUAUCUGAGGUCGUAUCCCCACUUAAUGAGGAAAAUAAGCUACAAUACGUUCCGAGAAGUAGUGUGGUGUGUGAAGUGGCAAGAUGUACAAAUUCCUCUCAAUCCUGGUGCUCCUGGCAUCAUGCUUCGCCCAGGACAACGGCGGUGACCUGGAGUCCAUCAUUAAACAGCUGCAGAACCAAAACGGUGCGACGCAGGCGCCGCAGUCGUCUACUUUAGUGCCGAGUAUAGUCAACAAUAACGCCGAUGAUGGCGACAAGUCCUGUUUGACAGCAGACAAUCAGAACGGAGAGUGCGUUCCGUACUAUUUGUGCGGUGCCAAUGAUACCAUCAUCAAUGAUGGCGUCGGGAUCAUUGACAUCAGAGUGAAGGAUGGCGAAUGCAAGUCCUAUUUGGACACAUGCUGCCUGCCGCCAGACCGCAAGACUCCUGAUAACCCCAUCACACCUGCGCCUCCUGUCAAGGAACGAGAAGGUUGCGGCUGGCGCAACCCUGACGGGCUUGGCUUCCGUAUCGUAGGAGCUGCUGAUGGAGAAGCCAACUUCGGAGAGUUCCCAUGGAUGGUCGCCAUCCUUAAGAUCGAACCAGUAAACGACAACGAGCCAAACGGACAGAAGCUCAACGUGUACGUCGGAGGUGGCUCCCUCAUUCACCCCAGCAUUGUACUAACGGCGGCCCACUACAUUGCCAAUGUCAACCAGCUGAGGAUCCGCGCUGGAGAAUGGGACACUCAGACGAAGAACGAGCUAUAUCCGUAUCAGGACCGCGAUGUCAAGGAGGUGGUCGUGCAUAAGGACUUUAACAAAGGAAACCUGUUCUAUGACAUCGGCCUCCUCUUCCUGACGUCGCCUGUGGACGCGGCUCCUAACAUAGGAGUGGCCUGUCUGCCUAACCCUGGCGUGAGAGCUGCCGCCGGCAAGCGAUGCUUUGCUAGCGGCUGGGGAAAGGAUCACUUUGGAAAGGAGGGACGGUACCAGGUCAUUCUCAAGCGGGUGGAAGUUCCAGUGGUGGAUCGCGCGCGUUGCCAGCAGGAGCUGCGCAAGACCCGCCUCGGCAAAUACUUCGAGCUGCAUACCUCCUUCAUGUGUGCUGGCGGCGAAGGUGAUGACACGUGCAAGGGAGAUGGAGGAUCGCCUCUCGUCUGUCCUUCUGAGUACGAGAAAGACCGCUACAUCCAACACGGGAUCGUGGCGUGGGGCAUCGGCUGCGGCGAACAAACACCAGCCGUGUACGUUGACGUCGGACAUCUCCGCUCCUGGAUCGACGACAAAGUCCGCGGACACGGAUUCGACGAGAAAGUUUACACUUACCUCGACUAGAUGAUAAUAAUGUCUUAGGGCCAGCCGAUUUUUGAAUCUCAGCCAUUCGAUUUCGUGAAAUUCGUGCAAUACUAUCUCCACUACUGUUCGAGCCGAUAUGUAGUUUUGUUUAAGUUAAUUACUAAAUCUCCCAAUGUCACGUACAGUCUGGUGCCAUAGCCGAAUGGCAUUUCUGAGCAUUUCUUUUUUUUUGUCAUUUUUUUUAUUUUGAUUUGUUUAGGGAAUUUUAGGUCAAUUGUACUUAGAAUCACGAGUACUUUCAAUCUCACUGGGAGAA